GUGUAAGAGGUGAAGUUUUUUGAUUGGCACCGGGAGCGGCCGUUGUGUGGAACGAUUUUAAUGAGAAGUUUCCUUUUGAGGAGAAGAAAAGGGUUUUGGAUUGGCACUGGGAACGGCCGUGAAGAGACGUUGGGGGGAACGACUUUUGGAGAAGUUUCCGUUGGGGAGGAGUGCUAGGCAUCGCGGGAAGAUGAGGUGUUCUUUUUGAGAUGUUUCCAAAAGUUCGAUUAAGUGAAUUAUUGUGAAUUAGUGAAUCUUGUCCGCCCUUUGAUUCGAGCAAUCAAAAUUGGAAAAUUGCGAGUUCGCAAGGUUCUUGUGCUGUGGGUUUACCAAAAGUUAUAAAAAUAUAUCAAAAAGUUUCUAAAGAAGAAAAAUUAAGGGGAGGCGAUUAACGGUUCGGCGGUGUAGUUCGUUAUUUGCGGAAAAAGCAGUUAAACGCAAACUAAGUGAAUUGUCGACGGUUCUAUAAUAGUAAUCUCCUAGAAAAUUUAAUUAUGCAACUUUUUAAAAUUAUCUCUACAACGGUCAAAAACUGCUGUAAUUAACAGUGAUUAACAAAAAAAUGUGCGAUUGGGAAACGAGAGGCUGUUUUGUUUUGUUUUGUCGGUGAAUUCGACGGGUUUUAUAUUUUACCAUUCAUUUAGUAAUUAAGGAUUUUGUGUUCGAGGAGAUCGUUUCGUUUUUUUUCAUCAUAAAAGAAAGUCGGUGGACAAGGCGCACAAUGAUGGAUUGUAUUGCUGUGCUAUGAAAUUUGAGAAAACGGUUACUAAUUUUUGAAAGUUUGAAUAUUGAGGCAACGUUUUGUUGACGCGCUUUACGUGUCGAGUUCCCGCCAAGCGGCCAGUUUUCUGUUUAUCUCAUUUAUUUUGGCUGCAGAACAUCACAAACAAUGCUCAUUUGACUUGUUCAUUUUCAUUUCGUUGCAAUAUCGUUGGAGUAGUAGGAUCGGAUGCUGUGGCUGUUCGAAGGGAAACGGCGGUACUAUCUAAAGUGGAUUGAAUGCAUUUUGCAUUCUGAAUAAAGAAACGAGUAAAGCACAACUACAAGCCACGCCGAGCUCGGAGUGAACCAUCGUGUGAAUUUAAGGUGCAUUUAAAAACAGCUACUCACACGUCCUAAACAGGAUUACAAACUCACUUAAUCUCACUAGGAUAGUUAAAUUAAGUUGCUGGAAAUAAGAAAAAUUUUUCAAAAUGGGUCCGCUUAAGAGGGCGUUCGUAUGCCUACUAAUACUCAUCCCAUUGGCAAAUUCGGAGCAAAAAGGCCAGAAAUCCCCACGAGAUGUUGGCUUAAUAUCAGGGAAAAUCAUGAGCUUCACCGGCGCUGGACAACAUGAUUUACGUGCCAAUAUACCUGGCGAACCAGGUGUCGAUUACCCAAUAUACAGUUCACCACCGGAUACAAGUUUCUCAUGUUUAAAUCGACAUGAGGGAUAUUACGCAGAUGUUGAAACCCGAUGCCAAGUCUUUCGGAUAUGCUCACAUACUGAUCACACAGGCAAAGGUUUUGCGUUCCUCUGUCCUAAUGGAACCCUGUUUAGUCAGCAUGACUUUGUUUGUGAUUGGUAUCGAAAUGUACCUUGCGAAAGUAGCCCAAAUUACUAUUUCAUGAAUGAAUUACUAGAUAAGUCUGUAAGUCCCCAUCCUGAGCUAUUAAUGAAGGACGUUGUCGCUAUGGUCAACUAUCCGAUGAAAGUUAUGAAACAACAAGAAAUUUUUAAGAAAAUCCUACCGCAGCCGCCAAGAAUCGUAUCAACUACUCCAAGGCCAGCUCCCAUAAGUUUCCCGACUCAACCGCAAAACUUUCGCAAACCACCAACUUUGGUACAACCAGUUAUACCUCCAGUGAGAAAUCCUUUCCAAACUGAAACAAAGCAGCCUGAUCCAAAAUUAUUUGAACCAGUAACUGACCUGCCCCACGUACAACAGCCGCAACCACUGCAACCUCAAUUUGAAAAUGUGCCACAUUCACAAAACAUUGAACAACCUCGACAGGAACUAUUUACUCCAGCACCCCCCACUAUUCCCCCAACAGCACCUGAAUUAACUCAACCAAUUCCUGAAAAUCAACAAGCCAUCAACCACUAUGAUCCAAGCAAAGUUUACAUUUCUAGUCUGGGAGAAUUAUCAACGGAUCCUGGAUCAAAUUUCGACCCGAGUACAGCCAUUAUCAUUCCUGACAAAUCUCAGGAACAAUCACCAAUAUUCACUCAGGCAGGAAAUCAAGAGCAUUUGCUGCAGGGAAAACUAGAACCAAUCCAAAGUCAAGCGAACAAAAACUUAUUAUUGAAUCUGGAAAAUAUUGCAUCAAGCAUACCUGGAAACAUAAACUCUCAAUUAGCUUUAAUAAGAGAUCAACCUUUGUCCGAAGGGGAAGUUGUACAAAUUCCAGGAACGCUCCAUGUCAGCUUGAAUUACACGCAACGAAUCAACACUGCCUUGAAAAACGUCCUCAUCCCAUCGACGGCACAAGACCAAAUAGCCAUAAACCCUCUUCUAUCUGGAGAUGGAAAGCUUGUUAGCGAAAUAUAUGGCCAAAAUCAACUCCAGGACAAUAACGGCAUUUUGAAAUUUGCACACAAUAUCAAUUCUGCCUUCCAGGUUAACAAUCCCGCUUUAGGUGAUGGUCAGUCUCAACAGGCGAUCGAACCCAAGGAUUUGCUCAACUCGAAAGGCAUUGGUAGUACAGGUAAAGGUUUUGGUUUCACAUCAAUCGAUACUCCAUAUGGACCAGACGGUAAAAUUAAGCCACAACAAUAUCCUACUGCGCCAGGACCUCAAACUUUGCAAGGCAUUGGCUUCUCCAAAAGCAACAUAGCCGUCUCAACACCAGCAAGCGUUCUUCAUACCCAAACAAUUUACAUACCAUCAAUCAACUUGAAGCAAAAUCCUUCUUCCGAGAAGACUACUGAUGAGACUGCAACAGCACAAUCUCCUUUACUACUUGACCAAAUUCCAGUAACCAUACAGAACUUACUUAGCAACGACGAUCUGGAUCGAGAUCAGCUGACCGCAGCUAAUCAACACUAUGGUUCAGAUUCAGGACACAACCGACAAAAUGGACUCGAAGACAAAAAUCAUGCUAAACGGGCUGAGAAUUUGCUCCUUAAAGGUGUACAACUAAGUCUAUACGACACGGCUUACGACCAAAACUUAACACCUUUCGACAACCAUAUUGACAUUACCACACCCUACUCGACUGAACGGACUGCUGUUUCAACCACGACAUUUGGAAAGACUGACCUAAAAGAUCAAGACGAUAUCAAUGGACCCUUUAAAAUCUCUAUCAACACAGAGGACAUUAGCCGAAGUCUACCCGCUCCUACUCCAGAAUAUGGGAUUUCAUCGACUAUUGAUCCUCUAUAUCUACGAGAUUCUUCCGGGUCUCCUUUGCUAGACGAACUCGCACCAAAUCCAAAAGGGGAUCUUGCAACAAAAGGACAUACGACCGAAACUCAACUUACUAUUGAAACCUCAACCCUUUCCAUACUUAGUAGCACUAUUCCCACCGAAUCCAGUGCUACACUGAUCGAAACAGCGACGGCCACUCCUUCGAAUAGUGGCCUUCCCGACGCUACUGCCGUGGCUCCGACUGAUGUUACAACGACUGAAACAGAUCAACCACAGCCUUUUAAGUUAAAAAAUCGAUACUUCACCCGUGCACGUAAAAUUCGACCGGGUUUGACUACGACCAGUACUACUGAACCCACCCUGAAACUGGAAAACACAAACCAAACUACUUUUGACUCGACCACUACAGAAGUAACGAACUUGUAUGGAAUUCGUGCGGCGUUGAGCAAGACGCGUAAUAAAGUGAAAAAAGUCAGGAUCUUUAAGCGGCCAAAAUUGACUUUUAUCGAGGACACGAAUCAUCCACAAAUUGUUAAAAAUCUAUCUAAACUCAAAUACACUUCUACUAUCACUUCUUCCAACACUUCUACUUCCUCUGCUUCCAAUUCUACUUCCUCCAACAACAACAUCAACAACACAGUAGAUAACAUCAACAGUAGCAUCAAAGAAAACUCUAGUACGACCAUACACACCCCAUUAAAAAAGUAUCGCAAUACAUAUAAAAAUGAACUGAAAUUACAGGCAUUGGGGCAACCAGUAACGACUAGUGGAGGCACCGCUACAUUUAAGCGUAUUACAAAUAGAGGACGACGUCUUCAAUCAACUACACACAUUAUUCAGAACUCGCCCAGUCAACCAAAUGAAUCAAACGGAUCGAAAUCAACAAAAUCAAAGUCGCCAUAUGUUAAUAUUCCAGGCACGAAAAUUUCUAUAGCAAAAUCAAUCGAAGAAGGAUUCUUCAGUGUAUCGAACUAUCCAUUGAUGCCUAAUACCAACAAAGCGAUGUCAUUCUCCUCCAUUUUCCCAGGCAUUAUUAUACAUCCUGGAUCGCCAUUCAUGCUAAGACAAAAGUCUGACCUGGACUCCAACUUCCUCUUCCCAUUUUCCACAAUCAGUCCAAGAACACAAUCAGAUAAGUCAACAACCCUGACGACUACAACCAAAUCCCCAAUAGUUAAAGCAACCAGCAGCCUCCUUGCUAGUACACCAAUUCCUAGUUUAACCUCCAUUCCCCUUACACAGCAUACAGCCCAAAGAAGAUCAGACGCCUUCGAUGAUGAUGAUGAUGACGAAGGCUCCUUUUUUAAAGGAGUCUCGUCAUACCAUGUACCAAUUAGCAGUGUGGGCCGACUGCCCGCUGAUAUCAAGGGAACUAAGAAAAGAUAGAACCGUGUGAACCUUUCGUCAUUAAUAUGCCAUUUUUAUGUACCAUCAGUCUCGUAGUUAGUCUAGAAUCCAUUGCCAUCGUUUGAAACUUCGAUUACUGGUAUUACCCAUUUACCUGAUACACUGAGUCAUUGCAAAUGAGUCGAACGUCAUGUAAUGUUGCUAGCAUUAUUCCUGCUUCAUUAAGAUUUAUCAAUAGUCGUUUCAUUAAUUUUUUUCGUAAGUUUGUGCAUUAGAAACACGCAAAUCAUGUUUAAAUUAACUUUUAUAUUUUGUUUAUUUAUUAAAUAAUAAAGAG